AUGUCGACCAUAACUCGCAAGGGAGCGGUCGAGACUCCAACAACAAACUCAGAAGGCCCUCGUCAGAGUACGGAGACAGAGACACCUAUGGACGUCGACGAGCUCGACCCCGAAUGCUCUGCAGCUACCCAGAAAUGCCCUACCACGCCGGUGUGGAAAGAAAGGCGCGCCCUAGGGUAUUUCUUGUACUUCUCCGCUCCGCAACGCGUCUUACUCCGGUUUGUUGUCCGGGGUAACUUGCUUGAUGGUCUUGUAGUCCACUCCUCCUCAGUUUCCCACACUCCAGUCUCUUACUACCUCCCACGCUGUCAUCCGCUGUCACCCCCUCGGACUCCGCAUGUCACCCCUCCGACGCCUGUCGGUCCAGGUACUCCUCCGGCCGCUCUCGGCCGUGAUCCCCGGCGCCCGCCGAUGCCCGGAUUCCCCGCACGUCAGCUCCGCGUGCUUUCCGCAUCAGCGCCGCGAGCAUUCCGCAUGCCCCAAACAAACCGGCCAAAGCUUAGGUCAAGGCGCGCUCCUGCCACCACACCGGAGAUUCGAGUCCUCUCGAAGGAGGACCAAAUCAAACUCCGGGUGAAAGAGCACGUCGGGCUCUGGAAGCAAUGCCUAGUAACAUCCAGAGAAGGCCCGACGGAAAGGCUCAGAGCCUUACUGACUGCUGCUCAGGAGAGUCAGAAGAGUCUUCAGAAACUCAUCGACAAUUCCAAGAUCGAAAGCUACGUCAAGGGAUGGAACCCUUGGGAAGAGAAAAAAAUCCACUUCCCAGCUCCCCCCAAGAAGUCUUUGAUGAAAUUCAAAAAGACCGCCGAAGGAAAGAAGCAGAGUUCGAACACGGUCAACUACUCCGACCCCGCCAAAUGGAAGAAGGUAGCGGACCUAUUAAAAAUAGCCGACGGGUUGUAUCAGAACCUCAACUAA